UUCAGAGAGGUAGAAAAACAUGUUGGCCAAAGUUUCAAGAGGACAAGAGAGAGAGAUAGUCGGCUCAUUUUGGUAUCACAAAGUCCACAUUGGAAGUGGCGCGAAUGGAAAUGUUUUCACAGGGAUUAAUGAGAAUGAUGGUAGGGAAGUGGCCAUCAAACGAAUUGAAAAGUUGCGCAUGGUACGACCAGAAGACAGGCGUGAAAUAACAAACCUUGCUAACCUUGCCGACUGCAAACAAGUCGUUAGUUAUGUGACUUUUCUAGAAGACAUGCACUUUUCAUACAUAAUAUUGGAGCUGAUGGAGGGAGAUCUCGAACACUACUUCAGCAAAAGUACAGUUGACAAAAGCAAAAGCGUUUUACUUUGCAAAGAUAUAGUUGAGGGACUAAGAUAUUUACAUGAGCAAAAUAUAAUUCAUCGUGACCUCAAGCCUGGAAACAUCUUAUAUAAAASACAUCCUASUCUCUGCUUAAAAAUUGCUGACUUUGGUCUAAGCCGCUAUUGCCGCGUUAAUAACACCUCUACUACACUGUACGGCCGUACGAUUGUUGGUACCAGAUGUUGGAUUGCUCCAGAAAUUCUAACGUCCCCAUCGGCUGGCGAAAAUUUUACGAAGAAUUCCGACACUUUUUCCUGUGGACUUCUACUGCAUUACAUCUUGUCGGAACAAAGGCAUCCGUUUUCUCCUGAACCUUUAGCACUUCCUCACGUUAUAGAAAAAAACAUAAUAGAGGAUAAAAUGGAAGGAUGGGAUGCCCAUAUCUCUCCUGAAGCAACAGACCUGAUCAAAAAGAUGCUCAAGAAAAGUGUCGGGGAAAGAAUAAGCCCAACUGAUGCACUAGCUCAUCCGUUGUUCUGGACGAAUAGUAAAAAAAAGGAUUUCCUCGUUGCUGUCGGGAAUCAGCCAGAAUUUGAAUCAUGGCCUUCCAACAGGAAUUUUCCUGAGACUGAUUUGGAAAGAGACUUGAAGUCGCUCAUGGUUUUUCAAACAGUAGCGAAAUGUGGUUCGUGGGAUGAUUCAAGAAAUAAACUCAUGCCUAAAUUUUACGACGAAAUGAAAAAAAGGCGGAAGCACGACACUAAAUCUGUCGUGGACUUAGUGCGACUUAUACGAAAUGGCUACUCCCAUUACGACUCGUUGUCACAUAAAGUCAGGAGAAUGCUGUUGACAAACUAUGCUUACUUGGAUUAUUUUCCUGAUCUUGUCAUGGAAGUCUAUAAAGCCGUGACUGUUCGUGGAUGGAAUUCUAGACCUCAAAUCAAAGAUGCCAUGAUCAAGCAAGAACACGCAUCGUCACGUGACUUUAAUCACCUUUAAGUCACGUGACAAACAUCAUUUUAUUUGAUAGCGAAGAGCGUUUUCUACGUCUUCGUAAAACUCGUAACGCUGUAGCUUAUAUUGAUGAAAAAACGACUGACUAAAAUUGAAAAUGCCGCUCAUAGACUUUACUCUGGAAAUCAUUUAAGGCCAAGAAUAUUGUGAAUCGUGACAUGAAGCAGAUGACAAUUUGUCACACAACUUUGAUCAGCUUAUAGUCACGUGACAAACAAUACCAAACACCAGAGAUGACGAUUAAAUUGAACUCCUAUCGUCGUUACUACACUGGUAACGCAUUUUUCACAGACAGCUGAGAAAAAUUAUUACUGGUGCUACUAAUAGUCCUUUCUAGCUUGGAUUAUUCUCCUUGUCAUGUUACGGAAAUCUUCAAGGCUGUAAAUUAAUCAUGCAUGGCAACAAUUCAGACCUGAAGUCCUACAAUAAUGUUGUUAUGAAUAGUACUUCGCAACCAGUCAAGAUCUAAAGUUGCUACCACCCUUGAGUGAUGACCUGCGCUUGCGAAUUGGUCCAGGUUUCAGAUCGACAAUAACGGUUUUUAUGAUUACUUCUUGUAUCUAAGAAAAGCAUUGUGAUAUGAUGCCAACCAUCCUCACAAAAGCUCUUCAUCAUGUGUUACUUUCUUCACCAUCAAUAUUUAGUUACUUAUUGGCAAAUAAUUGACGACGUCACAUGAAGUACUGCUAUGUGCAUGAUUGUAUGUAUAUAUGUAUAUAAACAUAACUUUAGUAUAACCAUUUAAGGAUAGGAACAGUUUAGCAACAUUUGAAAUAACUGGCCAAUCUCUACCGGAGAGUCACCACAGGGCCUGUCAUUCAUAAACCAGACCUUCAUUAGUUUGUGCCCAGAAACAAGUCGUAACAAUGAUGGGGUCGCGAGUGACCAGUAGCACCAUGGCCAGAGAAAACUAAUGAAGUUAACACCGAGUAUAGAAAGUUACUCUCAAAUGUCUAGAUUGAGCUGUCGUUAACUAUUAUUAGAAACUAGCCGCCAACAAGUUUAUCUCGAUGUUCAUUUGUAUGAGACCUUGCUUUGUGGUGGAAGUGAGUCCAAAACUGGCUCGAUUUUCUAUCAUUUUUGAUUUUAGAUUUACUUCAAAUACAAGUUACAAGGGCGGAUCCAGGGGGAGGGUCGGGGGGGUCG